UGUGCUCGCGUCACCAUGCCCGUCUGUACCGUUGCCAUGAGCCAGGACUUCGGCUGGAACAAGAAGGAGGCUGGUAUCGUGCUCAGCAGCUUCUUCUGGGGCUACUGCCUGACUCAGGUGGUGGGCGGCCACCUUGGGGAUCGGUAACCAACCCCUUCUCCCCAUCGCCUGGGUGCCUCAGAGAGGCAGUAUGGUCAACCCUGCCCUUGUACGCAGGAGAGGAGGGGCCGGUGGAGGAGGAGAUCAACAGAUAUUUGGGAAGAGGCUUAGCCUUUGGGAAGAGGAGGUCGGGUGUGGCAGCUCUAAGGCAGUGGGUACAGAAACAUGACACAGACAGGUCGGGCUCAGCCCCGUGGGCUGCACUCAGCCCCAGGCUCCUCCUUGAUAGGACAGGUCACUGCACUGCUCACUUCAAGGCUCUGUACAGUGGUUAGUGGUGGUGCCCCUCAGCCCUCUCGAAAAAUACUUCAUCCUGCCCCCACGUCUGCUCCAGCAUCGGAGGUGAGAAGGUCAUCUUGCUGUCAGCCUCCACCUGGGGCUUCAUUACGGCCGUCACGCCACUGCUUGCCCAUCUUGGCAAUGGUCACCUGGCCUUCAUGACAUUUUCUCGAAUCCUCACGGGUCUGCUCCAAGGGUGGUGGGUCUUUGGCCUCUGGAAAGGUCCCAGGUCCUACACUCUUCAAGAACUGCCUGCCUUCUGAGGAGCCCAUUUAUUGACAUGGUGAUAAAAAGGUCCAAAGGGGGAAAGGCUGAUGGUUCCCUAAGAACAACAGGGAAGCUGUGGGUUCCUAUUUUCACACCCCCAAAGGGACUUCUCGAGGAGUCUCUCCAGACUGGGGUUUAGCACACUCUAGAAUGGAGAGAAUACUCAUGCUUUUCAUUUACUUUGAGAUAGGGUCUUACUAUGUGCAGCUCUGGCUGUUCUGGAACUCACUGUGUAGACCAGAUUGGCCUCAAACUCAUAGUGAUUUGCCUGCCUUUGCUCCCCGAGUGCUGGGCUUAGUGUUGUGUGCCCCGCCAUUUCCAAGCUUUUAAACUGCCUACAAACCAAAGGAGGGAACUGUCUAUAAGAAGCACAGGUAGAGGUGCUUUCCUGGAAAGGUACAUGUAUGUACACAGCUCACAUGUGUCUUAAAGUGCCAGAGCACAGCUGAGAAUCUGCUGUGUAGACUCUGUGUGCACACAUAAAUGUGUAAAUGUGUUAGUGGGAAGGCUAUCGAGUGUCUCCGGGGAGCUGACAUGGAGCGUGUAAGCAUAUAUGUGCAUACAUAACACCCUGGGUGCAAGGUAGUUUGCCUGGGGGCAGAGGUAUUUUGUUUUGAAGUAAAGUGUUCUUCAAGGGAUGCUUUACAUUGUAACUCUCACCCUGAAUUAGUUUGGUUCCUUCCCUAAAUGUCGCCAAAAGCCCAGCUCUUCUGGUCCCUACAGCCCAGUGAGGUAAUGGAAAGGAGACAUGGACAUCCUCUGGAUUCACAGCCCGAACCCAAACGGUGUCCUGGCCCUCACUGGCUGUCUCUUGGCACCCAGCAGCAUCAUUCUCUGUUCAUUUCAGGUGUUUACUUCCCAGCCCUGGCCAGUCUUCUGUCCCAGAGAGUACCGGAGAGGGAAAGAGCCUUUACCUACGGCACUGUGGGUGCUGGCUCCCAGUUCGGGACCCUGGUGACUGGGGGCAUAGGCUCGGUGCUCCUGGACUGGUGUGGCUGGCAGAGUGUCUUCUACUUCUCCGGUGGUCUCACCCUGCUCUGGGUGUACUAUGUGUACAGGUACCUGCUGAAUGAGAAAGACCUUGACCUGGCCCUGGAUGUCCUGACACAAGACCUGCCUAUGGUCAGGCCCUCCAGAGUGCCCUGGAGACAACUUUUCCGGAAGCCCUCUGUCUGGGCUGCAAUCUGCUCCCAGCUGUCCUCAGCCUGCUCCUUCUUCAUUCUACUCUCCUGGUUGCCCACCUUCUUCAAGGAGACCUUCCCCCACUCCAAGGGCUGGGUCUUCAAUGUAGUGCCCUGGCUGCUGGCAAUUCCCGCCAGUCCAUUCAGUGGCUUCCUCUCUGAUCGUCUCAUCAGUCAGGGUUACAGAGUCAUCACAGUGCGUAAGUUCAUGCAGGUGAUGGGGCUUGGACUGUCAAGCAUUUUCGCCCUGUGUCUGGGUCAUACCACAAGCUUCCUCAAGGCUGUCGUCUUUGCGUCAGCUUCCAUUGGCUUGCAGACCUUCAACCAAAGUGGUAUUUCAGUCAAUAUUCAGGACCUGGCCCCAUCCUGUGCUGGUUUUCUGUUCGGUGUGGCCAACACUGCCGGGGCCUUGGCAGGUGUGAUAGGCGUGUAUCUGAGUGGCUACCUGAUUGAGGCCACUGGCUCCUGGACGUGUAUUUUCGACCUGGUGGCCAUCAUCAGCAACCUGGGUCUGGGCACCUUUCUGGUGUUUGGGAAGGCCCAGAGGGUGGACCUGACCCCUGAUCAUGAGGACCUCUAGCUCCCUGACGAUCCGGUCCCAUCCAGGACCCUUAGUCAGCAGCCUAAGGAAAACAGCUCUGUUGGUGAAACCCUGAAUCUGCACCUCACAUGUAUGAAGCAAACAACAAAGACCAUAGUCUCCUGGAAAAGCCCAAUGAGUUGGAGAGAUAGGUGGAGACAGCCACCUGAACCUACACGGGCCUGUGUCAGGAUUAGGGUCGUGGCCUCUCUGGACAUCAGUGUACCCAUCUGCCAGUCAGGACCAUCCUGCCCUCCUCUCAGACUCAGAGGGACUGCUGCCUGCUCUUAUGGAAUCUGCACUGCUGACAGGGUUCUUCCCAGUUCCCGUCUAUGUGGGUUGUUUCUCUUGUGCGCUGGAAGAUGUUCAGAAGCAGCUCUGACACCCCCUUCCAGGCAUCUUCCAACCUCCAUCUCUCCAGUAAAGAUAAUCCAAGGUGUGUGUAGACAUUCAGCCAUGGCCCUGUGGUAAGACGGGCCCACAAGAACCACAGCGCUGGAGAGGACAUGGUUCCCGUUUUCCCCCAGAAGGCAGACUGCCACUCCAGCUGGACCAGUGUGCAGGAGCUAGAGGUCCUUGCCUGCCUCUGCAGACCCUGCACAGCCCCUAGUUCCCUUCCUGUGGAUUCCUCCGCACUACUGAUGUGUCCUGGGUGGGUAGGUGCCUGGUACUCCUCGGGCUCUGCCUGGACACUUCAGCUAUCACAGAUCCAGGACUCUGUGAAACUUCCCCCUACUUUCUGGCCUUGUUUUUCUACCUCCUCUUUUAUACCUUGUGGAGCUGGUGGUUUCAUGAACUGAUCAUGAACUCUCCAAGAUGCCUGUUAGAGAUUAUCUUUAUAGAUAUGGUAAGUCUCACCAAAGCCUUAUUUAAGUGAAAGCUAUUAAACUAUUUAAAAGAA